CAGAAAUACUCCGGAGUUAAACUUAUUACGACACUAAAAGCUUACCAAGACACUGUUUGAAUAAACUGGAUAAAAUCUCACUGCACAUAGCCUACUACUUCAGUCCCAUCAAGAAUUCUGUGGUGUACGAACCUCCUCUCCAAAGAAAGAACAUGCAGAGAAGACUCACCACUCAGCAGGCCUUGGAAAUUCUCCUGAGUGAAGUAAACCCUUGUGACUCGGAUGGAGAAGACAUAGAACUUCAGCCGGACUCGGACUCAGAGCCGUCUGAUCAGUCUUCAGAUGAGGAGACUGCUUCUCAACCUAAAAAGAGAGCUCGUUUGGGGACUGACCUGACAGAGACAGCGAAAGAUGGCACAGUGUGGCGUGAAGAACAGGUGGGGACGCGUCUCCCUUUCACCCCAAUAGAAGCGUACGCCGCAGAUGGAGAGCCAACGGCUAAGGCCAGAAGAAGUCGCCUUCAGACCUUCCUGUGUUUCAUCACUCUUGACAUGCUUCGUAGCAUUCAAGAAUGGACUGUCCAACAUGCACAGCAAACGGAGCAUGCUCAUUGGUUCAUGGCCCUCCCUGAACUAAUGGCAUUUAUCGCAAUUGUCAUUUUGCGGGGUCUUACCAAGGUUCAAUCGCUACGUGACUGCUGGUCAGCAACCCUGGGAAACCCACAGAUCAUUGGAACUAUGCCGCGAAACCGCUUCCAAGACAUCAUGCGACACCUACGCUUUGACGACAGGUCCACCCGCAGUGAUCGAGCAAAGACAGAUAAGUUCGCUGCAAUUUCCAGUGUGUGGGGAUCAUUUGUCAUCAACUGCAUCACGUCCUACCACCCUGGUCUACAUAUCACUGUUGAUGAACAGCUUUUCCCGUCAAAGACUCGCUGCUGUUUCCUGCAGUAUAUUGCAACUAAACCUGAUAAGUUUGGGAUCAAGUUUUGGGUGGCUUGCGACCUAAAAUCCAAGUACAUUUGCAAUGUCCUCCCAUAUCUUGGCAAGGACCCCAGUUGUCCCAGUGGGGAGAGACUGUCUGAAAACGUAGUAAUGAGGCUGAUGGAACCAUUCCUAGACAAGGGCAGAAAUGUUACCACGGACAAUUUCUUCACAUCGCUGUCACUUGCGCAAAAACUGCUUAGCCGGAAAACCACCAUCCUCGGCAUGGGGGACACUGGGGCCCCAACGGUGCUGGAGUGAGUGACCCCAGGGCCACGCAGAGAGUGGUGGAGGGAACCAGUGGGUCCAGCCACAGUCCAUAUGUGGCAGCCAUUUUUCUCCCAGCAAAACUAGGCUGCAGUGAGGAUCACCGUGCAAGGGAACAGUCCGAUACUCUCUGCGUCCCUGCAAACAGCUCGCAGGAUAAGCACUUGCACUGUACUGUGCAGUCAGCACACGGUGACCCCCACCUGCAAAGUGCAACACAACGCCUCCCCAGCCAAGGACGCUGGUCGCCCUGGACGUGGCAAAUCGAGUUUUGGAGUUGAUGCGACCUCCAGUCCGGCUCCGGGACCUGCUCAGAGGUGAUAUAAGCCCCUCAGUGAUCUGUUCACAUCUCAUUCCUUUCCUGCUUUUUUCUAAGUUUCAUAUGGAUACAGACAAU